CACCAACAUCGAAACGAAAAAAACGGCCAGCACCAUUGCCACCAUCAUCAUUGUCGAAUAAAUCCAAUCAAUCAUUGGAUCAAAUAUCUAUGGCAACAGAUAAACCGAUCACACAAUCGGAAUCCUCACAAAUGUAUGAUUCAUUCAUAUCAAAUGCAUCAUCAUCGAAUGUUGAUUUCGAUACAGGAUCGAAUGUUUCUUUUGGUAGUCGACAUAGUAUACAUUCGGAUACGCGAACACCAACACCUGUGCCAAGGCGAAGUAAAAUUCAUUCAAAUCAUCAAGAUGAUGAUAGCCAAAAAUCUUCCAUUUCAUCGACGAAUAAUAUAUUGAUUGAUUCUUGUGGUACAGCGGCUACAGGUAAUGGUGAUAGUACAAAUUCGGUACAAGCACAAUUGAAAGCGAUUAAAAAUAAAAAACGACCAGCACCACCAAGGCCGGCAUUCAAACGUGAAUUAAAAACUUCAACCGAAGAUAUGGAUAAAGAAUUGAAUGAAAUUGGUGAUCAAUUACCCGUUAUCGAAAUGGAACGAGCUCAACUUGAACAAUGGCUAUUAGAAUCAUUGAAAACCGAAGAACCACAGCAGCAACAGCAACAACAAGAUCCAAUGGAUAAAAAUGCAAAAAUAAUAGAAUAUGAUCAGAAAUUGGAACGAUUUUUAGAAUUGGCAAGAGAAAAAUGUAAACUUUGUCGUAAGCAAAAAGAAUUGAUGUACAUGAAACGUGAACUUAAACUAGAAGAAACACAAUUAGAAUUGGAAUAUCAGCUACGUGUUAUAAUGUCAAAACAGGAUGCACAAAAAACGACUGAUGAUUGUGAUGAAGAACAACGUUUAUUAAAGAAAAUGAUGGAAAUUAUCGAUGAACGUAAUGAUAUCAUUGAGAAUAUGAUUCAAGAUGAAAAUAAAGAAAUUGAAGAAUAUCAGAAUAUGAUUGGUAAAGUUGGCGGCGGCCUACGAAAAUCACAAUCCAAUGAAAUUGCAAUGAAUGAUAGUAAAACUAAUGGUAAAAAUUAUCAUCUGAAACCAUUUCAUAAAUUGAAAAAGUUGAACAAAAAAAUCAAGACCAAACUUAAACAACAUAAAAAACAUCAACAAAACGGUGAUGACGGUGUACAGGUCAAUGAUGAUGAUGAUAAUGAUGAUGGUAAAAGUAUUAAUGAAAGUUCAGAAUCGAUUACUAGUGAUGGUGGUCCAUCAUUACGAACAUCAACUAAUGAUUUAUCCAGCAACAAUUGUCGAUCGAUCGAAGCUGUUGACGAUGAUAAAAAUUCGGCAACAAAAUCAAAAAAUCUAUCAAAAUUGGGUCGUACAACAUUGAAAAAAAUAUCAAAUCCAUCGAAAACAUUUCACACCGUAUCGAGUGAAUUGAAAUCAAAAUUACAAUCACAUUCCAACAUUACGAAUCACAAUGAUAAAUAAUAAUUAUAUUUAAUUUAAUAACCAAUAACGAUUGAUGAUAACUUUAAGAAUUAUCGUCGUUUUUUAUUUUGCCUUAUUGUUGUUAAUUUUUCGAUUUUUUUUUGUUCUUUUUUCAAUAUAAAAAAUUUUCGA